AUGGGUCAAAGAAUUAAGGAACUGCUUCUGCAACUUGACUUGAAAUUAACAUUGAUUUACACUGUAAUUUUCAGGGAGUUAUAAUAACUCCUCUAGUGGGGCUAAUUUAACUCCUGACAGUGGAGUUAUUUUUCGUGGAGUUAUUUUAACUCCAAAAAGGAGUUUAAAGAACUCUUUUUCAGGAGUAAAAGUGACCCCAGAUAUUGAGGAGUUAAAAUAACCCCAAAAAAGGAGUUAUCCUGUACCUAAAAUUUUUACUCCACUUUCAGAGUUAAAUUAACUCCAAAAAGAGUAAAAACAACCCCUGUAAGGAGUACAAGUAACCCCAUUUCGGAGUAAUUUUAACUCCAAGACUGGGAGUAAAAAGAACUCUUUUUCAGGAGUAAAAAUGACCCCAAAUUCGGAGUUAAAUUAGGAGUUAAAAUAACCCCAAAAAAGGGGUUAUCCUGUACCUAAAAUUUUUACUCCAUUUUUGGAGUUAUAAUAACUCCCUAAAAAUUAGGGUGUAUAGACAGCUGGUAAAAGGUAAUGAACGGAUUUCUUUUUGAAAAUCUACGAUAGAAAUAAUUACCUAUUUUAGCCUGAAAUUCAGACGAUUACUUCGAGUCGAUUACUCCUCUCAGUAUAAAGCGACCAACCUCGUUCCCAGGGUUCUCUCCUACCCGCCCUACCCUCUCUCGCUCCGUAGGGCGGGUAGGAGAGAACCCUGGGAACGAGGAACGAGGUUGUAAAGGGACUCGAAGUAAUGUCAGAGACUUCGUCGGCGGGAACUUUAAAGACUUUAACAUAAUGGACUUCCUUGGUAAUGGCGAGUGUAAGAGAGUAAAAUAUGUGGAUAUCCGAGGGCACAAUGGCACAAACCUCACGGCACCGUUUUGGCAGGGCUGGGCUUUGCAUACUGACAGCUCUUCCGGUUUGUGCGAGUUCAGCGCAACUGUUGGAGCGGUAUGA